UGAGGUUAGGUCACGAAAGUGUGAGGUUAAACAAGAUUAUAAAACAUGAACAAUAAUUAAAAACCACUAGAUUUUCGCCAGUUUUGCACAAUUUUCCUAAAAUAAUAACUGAAAAUUAUAAUAAAUCUUCAAAAUGUUUAAAACACCAGUGAUAUUUGUGUUGAAACGAAACUUUUCUACAUCAAAGUUGCGCUUUCUGUCGACAGUAGCCCAACCUCAAGAACGCCUUCAAACCUUUCGCACGACGGAGACAAACCCCACGAAUCACACCUCCAAUCACAUUGGGCAGUUCUACAGCCUCAGUAAAGAUGACAAAAGCCAAAUAUUCCAGUACGGUGGCCUACCAAAAACUUUUCAAAUUCAAGCUAAAACGUUCAAUGAAACGUGUUUGAUGGUGCGUCAACCUUCUGUAGACAUUAUAGAGUGUCUUAAACGAUUAGAUUACACCAAACCACCAGUCAGAUUUGUACUGUAUGGGAAAAAGGGCAGUGGUAAAACCCUGUCACUUGCACAUAUUUUACACUAUGCCAAAAAGGAAAACUUCUUAAUUGUACAUGUCCCAUGGGUUGGAAACUGGAUGAGAAGAUGCCAAGAGGUCAGUAAUUCAGAAACAAAGGAAGGUUUUGUAAAUUUGAAUAUAGAUGCAGCAGCCUGGUUGUUGCACUUCAAAACACAAAAUGAAAAUCUUCUGAGUAAUCCAGAUUUAACUACCUCUCAAGAUUGUGUUUGGAGCAAACGUGAAAUAACCGAAAAAGGGUCACCACUUUUAACACUUAUUGAACAUGGAAUCAGUAGGAUCAAGUAUGCCAGUGAUUGUGUUGUUAACUUGGCUAAAGAGUUGAAAUUGUUAUCUAACAAUGGUGUUUGUAAAACACUUGUUGCCAUUGAUGGUUUCAAUGCGUUUUUUUAUCCCAACACUAGAGUUUUUACUGAGAAGAAAGAGAAGGUGCAUCCUUCUAAAGUUGUUUUGACAGAAGCCUUUUUGGAGUUGACUAAAUAUGAUUGGAAAAAUGCAGCAAUUGUUGUUACUGUUGAUGAGAUUGCAAUUGCUGCAGAAGAUCAAAUAUCACAUUUACCAAGGUAUCUUUUAGGCAAAGAAGGAUUUGAACAUCUGGACCCAUUUGUUCCAGUAUUGGUUGAAAAUUACAACUCCAAAGAACUGAAAAGUUGCCUGGAUUAUUAUAGGGAAAGGAAAUGGAUAAUUUCAUAUAAAGGCGAAGAUGAUGAGCUGGCAGCUUUGAGUGCAAAUAAUCCUUAUGGUUUAAUGAAACUUUGUGCUUCUUUGUAAUAGUUGAUAAAUAAAAAUAUUAAAAUAUA